GCCCGAAGCCAGUGCAUUCCGUCUCUUUUUUUUUUUUACCUUCGAUUUUAAUGUGUUAUUGCACUGAAGCUUACCAUUAGAAUUUUCCCUAUGAGCAAAGUCACUGCCUUGUUACGUUCCUUCUGAAAUCACAACUCCUUUCUUUGCUGUUAACGUCAUUCUCAUUCCUUGAGCGGAGAGCAGGUCAUCUGCCAGACUGCUAGCAACAUGGCUGGCCGUCUUGCUAAAAGUUUCAAAUCUGCUGUGGUUUUUGCUUAUGGGCUUUUAACUCUUAUCCUGUACGGACUUCAGGCUAUGAAACUUGGACUUUUCUUCAAACGUCCCUCUGAGAAGGAGAACUUGGAGUUGCAGUUAGCCCGCGACCGCUUCUGGGAUCUCUCGAAGGAAUGCUUCGGUCUUUCUCAUCACAUCCUCACCCUGCGAAACGGAUUCAAAUUCCACUACCUUUGCAAUGAUUCCCCAAGAACUCGACGUUGGGCCGUGUGGCGAUACAUAGUGAGCUCCAGUUCUCUUCAAUCUGCGGCUACACUGGUCGUCGUCGACUUACCGGGCUACGGAGGAAGCGAUAGUCUGGACAAAUAUUCGGCGACAAACGUCUUGGAGAGCUUGACGGAGUUUAUCAUUGCCAUUAGAGCCAAGUACGGGAUAGAUACGGAGACUGGAAACAACCAGCGACGGACGAUUAUCGUAGGGCAUGACUGGGGUUGCGUUAUCUCCACGCGGCUUGCAGCUGAAGCUCCUCAGUUGGCUGACCGGUUUGUCGUCACCAAUGGGCCGGUGCCCGGUCUGGCUGCAGCGAACAUUCGUCGCCUUCUAUCCUCCUCAUUGAAAAUGUUCAAGACUUCAAUCCGCUCACCAAUCCGGUCGCGCUCGACUCUCAUCAAAGCUGUCAGGUCCCUGUGGCCAGUGUUCCGGCAAUUGAAGCGCUCGGGCUAUAUCUUCGUGAUGCAAUUGCCAAUGGGCUUUGUUAAAUACUUCGGCAGCGGGGGCAACUUUUCCUUCCUAAAGGCGGUUCACCAGACCUCCCAUGGUGAUGUCGACUUCACCGCUCGGGAUGCCGCAGAAUGUAUGGCGAGCACUAUGGGUCCGUCGACUGAAGAAUGCAAGACACGGACUGCCGCAGGCGACGAGUAUCCAGUUUCGGUGAAGGAGGAACGUGCGCUCUCUAACUUUCAGCACAUGGUUGGCUACUACCGAGAUGGGGCGGCAUUGGGCCGCUGGUGCAAAUCGGUCCAAACAAUCGCCGACCUGCAUAGCAUUGCGGGAGGGAAUGAGCUGCGGCGCAUUGGUAGUGGAGUUGGUUUGUUCGAUGACGGACCUACAGGAGCGUUGAAAGCAAGCUCCACGAUCCUCUGGGGUAAGGCAGAUGUUGCUCUCGACCCUCAGAUUUGCCUUGAUGGCAUCUCAGACUACCUUGUUUACAAGAGCGAGGUCGUCAUGCUUCCACGCUCUCGUCACUUCACGCCAUUGGAGCGCGAGAGCCGUGUGGCCAUCGAGAAGACCGUGGAAUGGGCUGUGAAGGGAGAACGGGAGGACAUUGGUGCUGUUGUUCAGGCUUGUUACCCUGAAGCCGUCAUGACUGUUCGCAAGUAAGAACGUGCGUUGAGACGGAUGUGGUAACUCGUGGGAGUUGACCUCCCUUCCUUAUUGUCUUCUAUCCUUCCAUUGAUAUUUUUUUUGUCUUUUGCAUUGUUCGAUCGCAGACUUGCUGGUUGAGUUUGCAUGGACAAUGCCAGGAGUUGACGUAUCUGCAAAGUGUCACCUAGAAAGCGAGACAUCCAAAUGUAAGACUACGCA